UCUCUGAGACUCCAAAGUCCAAACCCAGAAAAACCAUGGCUUCUUCUUCUAAGCGGCUUCAGGUCGCUGCCUGCGUUCUGUGCCUUCUCUUGUUCACCCUCCCCUCUUCUUCUUCCUCUGAAUCGCCGACUCCGCAUUCCCUAGUUGUUGGUGAGAUUGCUACUUUGCGAUUCUUGAAUGGCGUGGUGGUGCGGAAUUCUCCUGGUGCUAAGCGUGAUAAUCUAGUGUUGUGUGGGAGAGUUCGUGUUGUUGGAUUGUCAAGGCUUAAGAAUCUGGAGAGGUUUGCUGACACGGUGAGGGGAAUUGCCAUAAAUUCAAGCUAUCGUGUGAUGCCUUUUGAGGUUUGUUUCCACAGAAAUGCAUCACUUGGGACAGGAAUGUGCCCUCAGAACCAGUGGGAGAAAGUUUCCAAGGGGUCCUGGUUUGGAUCCAUGUCUCCUUAUGAGCACAAAAUAGUAGAUAUACGGACAGGUGGUUCGUCCUUGGAGAGUUUUGAGGUGUCGCUUAAAGAAGAAUUCUAUAUAUAUCGCCUAGUACUUUUCGUAUCUGGUGUGAUCUUGAUGAGUUUGGCGCCUUUGCUGAGCAAUUCAUUAGUCUUCUAUUACGGCAGUGGAAUGGCAAUAGGGGUGGCCCUUGUAAUAUUGAUUAUCCUUUUUCAGGGGAUGAAGCUUCUCCCAACAGGUCGGAAGAAUUCGCUCGGAUUAUUUUUGUUUUCAUCUGUGGUUGGUUUGGGAUCUUUUCUCCUCAGCUACAUCCCAGGGCUAGUGCGUCAGCUUGGAAUUAGUGAAGAGAUGUAUAAUCCUUUGGCUAUAUUUCUUCUGGCUUUCAUUUUUCUAGCUGGAGCAUGGUUAGGAUUCUGGACAGUUCGUAAAAUGGCCUUGAGAGAAGAUGGAUCAAUUGAUUCUAGCACAUCUUUGUUUGUUUUGUGGACCAUCCGGUUCAUAUCUGUUCUUAUGCUUUCACAGAGUUCUAGCGAUCAGCUACUGGCAGCAGGAGCCAUAGCAGUCCCUUUAGUCCCUUUCAUAGUGACGAAAGUUGCUAUUAUGUUUGGAGUUGUACUCUCUUUUAUGAGGAGAAUAACUAUAGCAUUCGGAACGGUAGUCUCUUUUAUAGCAAGGACAAUUGCUAUAAUACUUGGAGGCAUAAUCUCUUCAGUGCAGGAAAUCUUCAGAUGGAUUCGUCACCGGCGCAUGUACAGGUAUCCAGUAGCAAGUCUUAUGUUAUCACCCAAAAAAGAAAAGUGGAAGAUCAGAGCUUCCUGUUCUAGAAGUGCAUCACCAUCAGAAAGGUUAUACCCUUCGUAUAUUCACACUACACCUGAGAAGAGAGCAGUGUCAGUACAAGAGUGGGAGAAAGUCACCACACAGACGACGGAGAAAGCCUUGGAAGAACUUGCUUCGUCUCCUGUUUUUGCCAAGUGGUUUGCUGCAAAUGCUCAUAGAAUAACCACCACCCCACUGAGCAGCAGAAAGACUGAUGAGCAGCGCCGCCGCUGGUGGUUCUCCUAGUGUCACGCGCACAACACUUGCUGUAAAUUCCGUAGAUAGAUUUUGUUGUGUGGCGGUAACCUGUAUGAUCAUUCUGAGCAAACCUGGAUGAUUUUUUUUGUAACUUCAGGGUAAUUCAAAAAAAGCUACAGUACGUUUAGGAGUCUGUUUCGAUCAUUUUGAUACUACUUGGAGUACAUUUAGUUCAGACCAUGGCCAGUCUACUUGAUGUGGACUAAUAGAAUUGGAAAUUCUUAAGACGAAUUAGUACUAUAAUGCUUGUCCGCGUCAGUUUCAUAGUUGCGGCUCCAUAUGUGUCUUCGUUCUUGUUGCGUAUGAGAGGUCACUUACUUUUGCCCCAAGGCAGGCAAAGAUGGGUGGAAUGCGAGUAGGAUCCUCACACAGGGUGGACGUCUACAGCUGCCUACUGCCAAUUUCAACCCUUUUACAAAUUUUAUUGUAAUUCUCAUUGACGCUUAUUAUUAUUAUUAUUAUUAUUAUUAUU